GACUCUAGUCUCCUUCGGAUCCGAUUCAUCUUCUCUAAAAUCCUUCUUCCGAUCGCAUCUCUAGUUUUCUCCUCUUUCCGAACCUCGGAAGCCCUUAUUCUCUAAAACCCUCAGUCUCCUCUCGCCAUGGGAGCCAAGGCCGAGAAUGGCGUCAAGCCCCCUCCCCUCGCCCCCUCCUCCUUCCCCUUCCCCUUCCUCAGAACCCUGAAGCUCAAGACUAAGCAACAGGAGCUCCUGAUCCGCGUCUCCGCCCUCGCCCUCAUCUACGUCCUCGCCUUCGCCGUCCGCCUCUUCAGCGUCCUCCGCUACGAGUCCAUGAUCCACGAGUUCGACCCCUACUUCAACUACCGCACCACCCUCUUCCUCACCAAGAACGGCUUCUACGAGUUCUGGAACUGGUUCGACGCCGAGAGCUGGUACCCUCUCGGGCGGAUCAUCGGCGGCACUCUCUUCCCCGGCCUCAUGGUCACCGCCGCCCUCAUCUACCGCGCCCUCCGAUUCCUCACUUUCGCCAUUCACAUCCGCGAGGUCUGCGUCCUCACCGCCCCCUUUUUCGCGUCCAACACCACCCUCGUCGCGUAUUUCUUCGGCAAAGAGAUCUGGGACGCCGGCGCCGGCCUCGCCGCCGCCGCUCUCAUCGCCAUCUGCCCCGGCUACAUCUCCCGGUCCGUUGCGGGGUCCUACGAUAACGAGGGGGUUGCCAUCUUCGCCUUGCUGUUGACCUUCUACUUCUUUGUGAAGGCCGUGAACACGGGAUCGCUGGCAUGGGGCCUGGCAUCGGCGUUCGGGUACUUCUACAUGGUGUCGGCGUGGGGUGGGUAUGUAUUUAUAAUCAACUUGGUGCCGCUGUAUGUUUUGGUGCUGCUGAUCACGGGAAGGUAUUCGAUGCGGCUUUAUGUCGCUUAUAAUUGCAUGUAUAUAUUAGGGAUGCUGCUCGCCAUGCAGAUCCGCUUCGUGGGAUUCCAGCAUGUGCAGUCCGGGGAGCACAUGGCCGCCAUGGGAGUGUUUUUCUUGAUGCAGGUUUUUUACUUUGUAGACUGGGUGAAAUACAUAUUACAUGAUCCUAAAUUAUUCCAUUCCUUCUUGAGAAUUACUCUGACAUGCUCCAUAAGUGUGGGUGCUCUUGCUCUUGGAAUUGGAAUGGCAACUGGUUAUAUCUCUCCCUGGACUGGACGCUUUUACUCCCUGCUUGAUCCAACAUAUGCGAAGGAUCAUAUACCCAUCAUUGCAUCUGUUUCUGAGCAUCAACCGACGGCAUGGUCAUCGUUCAUGUUUGACUUCCACAUCCUUCUGUUUCUUUUUCCAGCCGGCCUCUAUUUCUGUUUUAAGCGUUUGUCAGAUGCCACAAUAUUCAUAGUUAUGUAUGGCCUGACAAGCAUGUACUUUGCUGGUGUGAUGGUUCGAUUAAUUCUUGUAGCUACACCUGCUGUAUGCCUUAUCAGUGCUGUUGCAGUCUCUGCCACCAUAAAGAAUCUAACAAGAUUGAUACGGACAAAGAGCAAGGCUUCCCAGACAGGCUCUAGCAAAGGGACAUCUAGCUUGAAGGCAUCAGCUAAGGCAUCACUUGAUCAAGCUUUGCCUUUCCAACGAAAUGCUGCUAUUGCUUUGCUUGCUGGUGCAUUUUAUUUGCUCAGUAGGUAUGCUAUACACUGCACCUGGGUCACAUCCGAGGCAUAUUCUUCACCCUCUAUUGUCUUGGCUGCAAGGGGUGCUCAUGGUGGGAGAGUCAUAUUUGAUGAUUACCGCGAGGCAUAUUUUUGGCUUCGUCAAAAUACUUCUCCAGAUGCCAAGGUGAUGUCAUGGUGGGACUAUGGAUACCAGAUCACAGCCAUGGGAAACAGAACUGUGAUUGUAGACAACAAUACUUGGAAUAAUACACACAUUGCUACUGUUGGGCGUGCAAUGUCAUCAUAUGAGGAUGAAGCAUAUGAGAUAAUGCAAUCCCUGGAUGUGGAUUAUGUGCUUGUUGUAUUUGGCGGUGUUACUGGCUAUUCUUCUGAUGAUAUUAACAAAUUUCUCUGGAUGGUGCGCAUUGGUGGGGGAGUUUUUCCUGUGAUAAAAGAGCCUGAUUAUCUUGUGAAUGGCGAGUAUCGUGUUGACAAGGGGGCAGCACCAAAAAUGUUGAACUGUCUUAUGUACAAGCUUUGUUAUUAUCGGUUUGGGGAGCUGACAACAGAGUAUGGGAAACCCACAGGGUAUGAUCGUGCUAGAGGAGUGGAAAUUGGGAAUAAAAAUGUAAAGCUCGAGUACUUGGAAGAAGCGUUCACAACAUCGAACUGGAUUGUUCGGAUAUACAAAGUCAAGCCACCCAAGAAUAGGUGGUGAAGUCUCCUCUUCCACUUUCCUAUGUCAUGCCUUCAGGGGAAUCAUGGAUAUGAAUUGAGUGCUCAAUCUGCGGAACAGUGCAUGUUCUUUUAUACCAUGGAAGGUAAAACCCGCGCAAAAUAAAACAUGGGUUUCCCUGGUUGGGGUUUUGUUUGCAGGAGAGUUGAUUUUUCUUAUGGGAUGACAAAUAGCAUGUUAAUUUAAUUUGCAGAUGCUGGAUACCUUCAGCAGCACCCUACUCCUCCCCUCCCACUUUGUUAAUUUAUGUUUUAGAUGCAAGCAAAAUUUUAACAGCACUAGUAAAUCUUUGUAGUAUUUGUUAGCCUUGUCUGCAUUACUUUUUGAUAUACUACAAUGGGAGUUGACAGUUUUCAUGGAAA